ACACACACACACACACACACACACACACACACACACACACACACACACACACACACACACACACACACACACACACACACACACGUCCCUCUCUCAUUACAAGGACGGUAUGAUGAGCCGGACGCUCGCGCUCCUCUCCAGAACAAGAUAAACGCGUGUUUUUUUAAUGCAUUAGUGAUGAUUUGCUCGCCUUUGAGAGUGAUACCGAACACCAUGGGGUCAGUUAGUGUUGCGCUGCACUUGUGCUCGUAUUUGCUGCUGUUCCACAGUGAGGGCAAAAGCGCUGCGCUCCUCCGGGACGCCGAUGUGGAUCAGUGCUCUGAGGGAAGCGAUGCCUGUCACAUUGACGCCAUUUGUCAAAACACUCCGACGUCCUACAAGUGCACGUGUAAAUCUGGCUUUAAAGGUGACGGGACGCGGUGUGAAGAUAUUGAUGAAUGCGACUCUGAAUUCAACGGUGGUUGCGUGCACGAGUGUAACAACAUCCCGGGAAAUUACCGCUGCACUUGUUAUGAUGGAUUUCAUUUGGCCCACGAUGGACACAACUGCCUCGACGUGGACGAGUGUCUUUUCAACAAUGGCGGCUGUCAGCACGAGUGCGUCAACACCAUGGGGAGUUACGAGUGUCGCUGCAAACACGGAUUCUUCCUGAGUGACAAUCAGCACACGUGCAUCCAUCGCUCAGUGGAAGGUCUGAGCUGCAUGAACAAAGAGCACGGCUGCGCACACAUCUGCAGAGAGACGCCCAAAGGCGGAGUUUCCUGCGAGUGUCGUCCGGGGUUCGAGCUCGCUAAAAACCAACGUGGCUGCAUCUUGACCUGUAACCAUGGCAAUGGGGCGUGUCACCACGUCUGUGAGGACACGGAACACGGGCCGGUGUGCAGGUGUCAUGCCAGAUACACGCUUCAGACCGACGCUCGCUCAUGUGUAGAAAGAGACGAUGUGACCUCCGGCUCUGAGCACAACGCCACGUCUCUUGCCGAGGUGGACAAACGCGUCAAGCGGCGACUCCUGAUGGAGACCUGUGCUGUAAAUAAUGGUGGAUGUGACAGUAUGUGUAAGGACACGUCCACCGGCGUCCGCUGUAGCUGUCCUGUGGGUUUCACUCUCCAGCUGGAUGGGAAGAGCUGCGAAGAUAUAGAUGAGUGCGAGUUCCACAAUGGAGGCUGUGAUCACUUCUGUAGGAACACCAUCGGAAGCUUCGAGUGUAACUGCCACAAAGGCUUCAAACUGCUGACUGAUGAGCGCUCCUGCCAGGAUAUUGACGAGUGCUUCUUUGAGAGGACGUGUGACCAGACUUGUGUGAACUCCCCGGGAAGCUUCGAGUGUGUGUGUAAUAAGGGAUACACACUGUAUGGUCUGUCACACUGUGGAGAUGUUAACGAAUGCAGUGUGAAUAAUGGAGGUUGUGGUCACGUGUGUGAGAACACGCUGGGAGGGUUUCAGUGUCACUGCAGAGCUGGAUACAGACUGCACUGGAACAAGAAGGACUGCAUGGAAGUCACCGGUUCUCUGCUGCUGAUGGUUCCUGUUAAAGCGACGCUGAACUGCAGUAAACACGGAGGAGCUGAGCAUUGCUUCCUCACCUGUCAGUCUCAGGUGAACAUCAGUAACGGUGCUGAAGAUUCCUACACAGUGACCUGUGGCCAGCCGCUGCCUGGCUCGUCUGGAGGAGGACAGCAAGGCGACGGCGGGUCUCACUGCUCAGGUCUGGACUCUUCCUACACUCACAGGAUCAAAACCACGGCCACAUUUAAAUGGGCUCAGGGGAAAUGCAGUCUGAAACGCAGUCCAGAGAAAGUCACUGAGGGCUUCAGCAUGGCUCUGUCAGAUAAAAAGGCCUUGGCUACAGAGAAUGUGCACUUCAGCUUCGUGAGGCUUCACUGUAACUCGUCAGGCCUCCGGCAGCGAAGCCGACACGGGCGUAAAGCGGCGGAGGACGAGAGCUCGUCCAUCACAGCCCUGUUUGAGCUGGAGAUCAACCCAGAGGAGGUAACAGCAGAAGGUUGUGAUAUGGCGUGUGUGAAGCGACGUUCAGAGAAGCGUCUGAAGAAAGCCAUUCGAACUCUGCGCAAGUCCAUAAACAGAGAGCAGUUUCACCUGCACUUCGGCAGCUCGGAGUACGAACUUGCAAAAAAAGCCUCGUGGCCUGUGGACGGCCCUGAACCCUGCGCCGCCGGACAAGUGCUACGGGACAGGAAAUUGAACUGUGGUGUCGGGACGUACCAUGACAGUGAGCAGGGGAGGUGUGUCCUCUGUCCCCAUGGAACAUAUCAAGAUGAGGAAGGACAGUUACUGUGUGAGGUGUGUCCGGGGCCAAAGGGCAGAGCGACCCCGAGAACCGCCGGGGCCCGGAGUGUGGCUGAGUGUGGAGGUCAAUGUUCUCCUGGAUAUUUCUCUCACAAUGGCUUGGUUCCGUGUCGUCCGUGUACCAGAGGCUCGUACCAGUCGGAGAGCGGCCGCACUUCCUGCCUGCCGUGUGGAGGGAAUCUGGUAACGAGGCACGAGGCUGCUGUGUCCUUCCAGUCCUGUGAGACUAAAGUGCAGUGUUCACCAGGACAUUACUACAACACCAGCACUCACCGCUGCAUCCGCUGUCCACUCGGAACCUUCCAGGUGGAGUUCGGCCAGAACUUCUGUGUGUCCUGUCCGGGAAACACCACCACGGACUUCGAUGGAUCCACUAGUAUCACUCAGUGCAAAAACCGGCACUGUGGAGGAGAACUGGGUAAUUUCUCCGGAUUCAUCGAGUCGCCUAACUACCCGGGCGAUUAUCCAGCUAACGUGGAGUGCACAUGGAUCAUCAGUCCUCCACCCAAGCGCAGGAUCCUCAUCGUUGUCCCGGAGAUUUUCCUUCCCAUGGAGGACGAGUGCGGAGAUUACUUAGUCAUGCGCAAGAGCUCUCUACCGAACUCGGUGACGACGUACGAGACGUGUCAGACGUACGAACGUCCGAUCGCCUUCACCUCACGCUCCAAGAAGCUGUGGAUCCAGUUCAGGUCUAACGAGGGGAACAGCAGGAAAGGAUUCCAGAUCCCCUAUGUAACCUACGACGAGGACUAUCAGGAGCUGAUCGAGGACAUCGUCAGGGACGGGAGACUGUACGCAUCCGAAAACCACCAGGAAAUUCUAAAGGACAAGAAGCUCAUGAAGUGUCUGUUUGAUGUUCUCGCUCAUCCGCAAAACUUCUUCAACUACACCGCCCAGGAGUCCAGAGAAAUGUUCCCCAAAUCCUUCAUUCGGUUUCUGCGCUCCAAAGUUCUGCGAUUUUUACGUCCUUAAAAUGAAACGUCUGUGGAUUGACGGAAUGUGGCACUCGAUUUGGAUCGUGAUCCUGGAUAAACAAAAAUGUCCAAAAUCCCAGCUGUUUGAGGACGAAGACCAAAACGCAGCUCCAUUAUGUCUGAAGAAGAGCAACACUGGUAAAGGAAUAAAUAACUGCCUCUGCUUUUCUGACCACAGCAGAUAAAAUGCUGUGAUGAGGUCUGAACACACUGCUAACGUUCACACGCUGGUGGGGAGAAAUUAGAAAUCUUGUAAUUACAUAUGACUUUAUUUUUGUUUUUUUAAAGCACUCCUCAGGAUGUAGUGGCAGGAAGAGCAGUUAAAUCACGUGUAUAUUAUGUACAAAGCUUCUAGAUUCAGGAAAACUCUCAUAAUAUUGUAUUAUUUGUUUGUUCCUUUGUUAACUUCAUCGAUCUUGUUUACUUCAGUCACCUGCUGCAAUAAACCUGUUAAAGACCCAGAUUGUUCAGUGGCUCUAGGACACAGAUACAGUGUACACACACACACACACACACACACACACACACACACACACACACACACACACACACACACACACACACACACACACACACACUAACACAGAGCUCUGGAAUUCAAUUCAGAUUUCAUUUCCUUGCAGCACUGAGACUCGACGAUGUACUCAUUAAAUGUUACAGAGAGUAAAUUAAUGUCUAUAUUUUUAUGUUUGUACAUUUAACAUGUAAAUAAAAAGAAAGAAAGUAACUCA